AUGGCUUAUUUGGGUCCAAAAGUGUACAAAACAACUCCCCUAACUUCAAAUAACCUGGCAUUUUUAAACAGCUCGUCUUCGUCCAAUAGUUCCAACUCUUCGAACGACGAUACGCUUAGUUCAACUCCUGACAGUGUUUUAUCAUUAAAUUCUGACUCGGUCUCAACAUACUCAAGCACGAGUUCAGAAAUUAAUCAAAGGUCUCAUUAUGGCUGGGAACAAAUGGAUAUCAAAGUAUCUUCAACUUCGACUUUAAGCCGGAAUGACUCAACGUCUUCGCUUUCCACGAUUGUGGAUGCACAAAAUGAAAUUACUUCAAAUAACAACGAUCUCAUAGUAUCCCCCGUUGCCAGCCCCAGACCCAAAGCUGGUGGGCUCUUAAAACCAUCUUUAAAGUUACCCAUUUUGAAAAGGUGUUCCUCUGUACCAAAUUACAACGAGGAGACCACAAAGGUUGGUGCAAAGUCGGUCCGUUUUUCUGAGGAUUUAGAAAGGAUAAAGAUCUUCAACAAAUCAUCCACACCAAUGGCUCUUUCUACAGAUAACUCCCCUAUCUCAUCGCCUCUCAGAAGGGAGAAGAUGGUGUGGGAUGAAUUCUCGCUUGAAUACGAUGAUGAUGAUGAUCAAUCUGGCGUCAGCGAUGCCGAGAGCGAAUCAGAUUCCGUAUCCAGCGUGUACGAUUAUAACAUAUGGAGACUCAUAUCUUCAGCUCUCCCUCUAUCUGGUCCAAGUAUAAACUUUCAGAGAUUUGUCAACUUGCCGCCAGUUGUCAUUGAAUCGAUCAAGCUGUCUUCUAACAAAACUUCCAUAAUAGGGUUUAUUUACGUUAAAAACGUCUCUUUCGAAAAGAGAAUUUCCAUCAUAGCUACUACGGACAAUUGGAAAAAUACUUUCAACUUUAAUAGUUGUUGUAACUAUAUUUCUUCCAACCACAUUUUCAACUACGAAAAAUCCCAUAGCCCAAGUGACAUGUAUGACAAGUUCUCGUUCAUCAUUAAGAUCGAUGAUCUUGUCCCUCACGAAUCUUUAGGAAACAAUUUAACCAUCCAACUCUGUGCCAAAUACGAGACUGCUGGCCAAGUCUUUUGGGACAGUGAUUUCGGUAGAAAUUACAGAAUCUCACUUACCAAGAUCACCAAACACCAGGUUAAUUCAGCUCCAUAUGACACUUCAUUUUUAGAUGUGCUGGACUACAAGCUAGGUUCUAAUGCCUCAAACAGUCAGUUUAAGAAUCGUUAUCAAUUUAGCUUGGACUCCAACUAUUCAGUCGAUGAAAGUUACUUUUCAGCACGUCCUCUUUUCCGCCCAUCGUCUUCUUCAUCUUCAUCAUCUGCUUCUUCCAAGAAGUCGAUCCAGAGAACUCCAUUGGGUGUCCCAAAGAGGUCGUUCAACACCCCUCAAGGAAGUGAUCCUAAAUUUUUUGACAAAUCCAAUGACUCCAAAUACAACGAUUUGGUUAGGAAGUACUGUUUUUACCAAACUGCUUCUCCAAGUUCUCCCAGCACCUCAGAACCUCUUGCUGGUUAA